AUGGGCUCUAUCGACAACUCAACAGUUUCUUCAAACUUCAAAACGGAAGAAGACCAGUCACGUGUGAUUGACGGCGGACAGGCUGAGGACCAUUUAAGAACAAGUGAAGUUAGCACAGAAAUUGAAAUUGAAGGAAAUGAUUCUCAAGAUUCAACACUGGUGACAGUUGAAGAGCAUGGAAAUGAACAGGACUCUACACAAAUAAUGCAUAAUGGCGUGCGGUAUGACGAGUAUUCACGUGGUAAGCAUGAGAGUACUGUUGGUAAAAGAGAGACUGAGACACAGAUAUGCAGAACAAAUUCUUCAUUGCAGAGUUCAAAUACGCUCAAUGGAUCCGUUUUAUCUCUAUGUUCCGUGAUAAGUAGUUCUCCGCUACAAAGACCACAUGAAAGCCAGAUCACAAAUAUUUCAUUUCCGCAGCAACCGGAGGAUUUUUCUGAAGAUCAACAAAUAAAUUCUAGUGCUCUAAUUCGUGGAGUGUUAAUUCCACGAUACACCUUCAAUCAAGAGAUUACAUCACAUCCUGGGCUAGGGCUUAGUUGCCCACCUGUAUCCUACAGUCAAAGCUUGCACAGCUUAGAGACUGCCCACGUUAAUGUACGCAUACAACAAAUCUUAGACAGAGUCGUCCACAGGCGAAAUCAAUCCAGACGCCAAGUAUGCUAUCAUAGGUCCUACCUAGACCUGGACGGACCGCCUUGCUACAUCUGUUCUAUGUCAGACCAACCACCAAAAUACAAGAUAAAAAGGUCAGCACGGCAAAAUGCCAACAUUAAAAUCAUGAGUGUACUUCAGUGUUUGGAAACUUUAAAGAUUGCUCGCAGUCUUCAGAUCUUAAACAAUGGAAGAUCUGCUGGGAUUAUUUAUAGUACAGCACAAAAUCCAAAUGUUGCAUUAUCUGGAUCAACCGUUCCCGAAAUGUCACUUAGUGAGACUGGAGAACACGGAGUAUACUGUAUCGACUACAGCCCUGGGGUCCACCACCAGACUAUUAUAUCUUAUCAGAGUAAUAAUACCCAAGCGUCAACCUCGCUAGAGAGCAACCCGGACAGCAUUCACCACUCACAGGACACACACACACCCCACAUUUCACCUGCAUCUCCUGUACCUACAACCCACAGAACCAGUUCCCUGUGUGAAGUGCCUCCACCCUACUCGCCACCUAACCCAAGAUCUCUCGAAUCUGGGUACUUCGUUCAACGAGAACAAGAACAAGCGCAUCACCAGAGGGAAAAUGUGACCUGCAUAAUUAGACGUUUUCGAUGCUACACAAGCAUGCUGUACAGCAUAGUGUACUCCGUGUUACUGGCAACAAUAACAACAAUAUUGUUGCUCGGACAUGACCAGCCAGUCUUCGUCCUUGCCAGCAUCGUAAUAUUUUUCACUGUUUUCGUCUUCCUGCCAGUUAUCUGGUGUCUCAAGUUCGUACUUCGCUGGAAGGCUGGUGAUUUGCAAAUGGAUGAUACGACAACUGAAAGAUCUAUUGCAAUACACUUCCCACUGCUUUGAAUGCCUCGAUCACAGCAUUCAAAUUCAAAAUUCAAAUGUUUAUUCAGGUAAAGUACAUAUAUACAAGGUGUGAUACAAACAUUGAUGGAUUUAUAUAGAGCUAGUACAUACAAUGCCUAAAGCCACUAUGACGCAAAGCGUUUCGGGCAGCAUGAGUGUAAUUCUGUAAGUUCUACUAAGCUACUGCAUAUCUAAUUAAUGUUUUGCAAUUAAUUACAUUGUAACAUGUUCAUAUUUAAUAAUACAAAAUGUUAGAUUAAGUCAAUAUUUAAAUGAUUAUGUGAUAUAAUUUGAAAAAUUCUUUGUCCAUAAUAUGUGUAGCCUCCAAUACCUAUGGGAUAGGACUGAGAUCUUUGUCAUGAAUCGCGUUCAGUAAUGUAAAAAUUAUUAAUUUAAUGAUGGUAACAGAGUCCAUUUCAUGUGGUCUCCAUCUCAUGUUGGCCUCCGAAUGCAUGAUAGAGCUGAUAAGUUAGCCAAAGAAUCUGCCUUUAAAGACGUUGAGUGUAACCUUGGGUUGUCAAUGAGCAAUCUGAGACCAGCAGUACAACAAGAACUUCAACAAAAUCUUUUAGAUCAGAGGCAAAGUGAAACCGACACCAGUAAUUCCAUCUAUCAUCAAUCAUGCAAGAGGGGCCACAGAUCUAUGGUUCAUCCAAUAAAAUCAGCAGACUUCUAGAUGUUACUACUGCUCGGCUUAGACUCGGUUACAAGUAUCUCUGGGAAUUCUCAUUAUCUGCUGAUGUAGACCUGAACAAAUGUAAACUGUGUCAACAAAAUUAUUCGCACACCCUCCGUCACUAUGUGAUGGAGUGUGAAAAGAUACGUUAAUUCAGGGACAAUUCUGUAACCAAUGUUUCAGCAAUGUGUAAAUAUUUCAUUCAAAAUGAUCUGCUAUCAGAAAUUUUAGCCAAAUAUCCCCAGUUAGCAAACUGUAGGUAGUAACCGAGUGAUU